AUGUUCGGCUGGGGUCCUGGGCUGGCCGUGCCCUCGGCCACGGAGCCUGAGAAGGAACGCAAACCACCUUCCAACCCGACCCCGCUGGACUUCCCCGUCUACAGCCUCCCCGAUGUCGUCCGCGACGAUGCCGACUCCACCCUCACCGACCUAUACGGCUUGCUGGCCUCCAUCAAGCGGCCGCAUGAUAUCUCCCUUGACCGCUUCAAGCCGCUCAAUGUCCAUGUUGACGCCGACGUCAACGUGCGUCACAUGUUCCCGGCCGAUCAGGCGCAGUCGCUGCCCCCAUUGCCCUGGGAAGACGAGCCGGAAACCCAAGCCACCGCGGCGGACGCAGGCGAGGACCAAGAUCAGGCGCGCCCGCUUAUGAGCAAUGGCCUCCCCUACCCACCCAAAAGCCGCUUCGAGGUCCUGGAGAAUGAACUGCUGCUGGACAACGAGGAUACCUUCCGCGAGGUCGCGCGGCUGCCGCCCCGCGAGGGUCGUGCCCGCGUACGAGUGACGCAGUCCCGGAAGUUCUGGACCGGCCUGGAGCACAUGGCGCAAUACUGGGACACCAGUCUGGAUAACUAUUUCGAGCGGCCGGCGACGCCGACGCCGACCCCUCCGGCCGAGGGCGAAGCCGCGGACAAGAUGGACACGACCGACGCAGCGGCAGAUAUCGGCGAGCCGGGCCCAGCAGAGCCUACCAUGGACGUGGACAUGGAAGGGCACGAAUCCGAGCCCCAGGCUCCCACACUAUCCAAUGGCAGCGUCAACGAGAGCGAACACCAGCUCCCCCGCCCUACGGUGCAUAUGUACACAGGUCGCCGCAUCGGCGCCGGUAACGAGAUGCCGGACGAAAUGCGCGAUGAGACGAUCCGCGGCUUCAUCGAGAUGGCCGCCUGGCCCUUCGGCUGCCAAGUGACUGUCCCACCCCUCCCACCCCGCCUCACAGUCCAAAGCCUCCUCUUUCCCGUGCGGCAAUCCUUUCAGGCCGCGCGGUCCCCGCGCGACCGCACCAUCGCCCGCAGCGGCAUCCUCGAAGGACCCGUGCUCAUCGCGCAAUGCCGGCCCGAGAUCGGUUUCCGCACCACCGGUGACGCCCCCGGUGCCGGCAUCGGUGAGGUCUGCGAUCUCUUCCGCGAAGUGGGUGGAAUGCUCCUGGCGGCGCAGGAGCGCGCGCGUGAGGGCCUGGCCGACAUACGGCCCGGCGAGGGAAAGUGGUGGACGUUGAGGCCACGAUUCGGCGGGGCGCCGAAUGACGGCAUCCUCGAUGAUCUGGUCAAGGGCGCGACCGGGAUGCCGCUGCCGGACUCGAUGCUUGAGGAGAGCAAGCCGUCGUCGCCCGCAGAGGAGGUGGAGAGCGCGCGCAAGCGGCACAAGUUCGAGCAUCCGUUCGUCACCUCGCUGGCGCGCCGGCCAAGUGCCAUGCGAAAGCUGUCGAGCGGGGAGAAGUGGAAGAUUUUGCAGCCCGGACCGAGUCUGUGGGAUAAGCGGAUGCGUUACAUGGCGAUUGGCAAGGCGAAGGAGAGUCCUUUUGAUGAUAUCUACAUGGUCUCCUCCAUCAACCACCACAUCUCCAUCUUGCACCUUCGCGUCCACAGACGCUAUCUCGACGUCCUGACCAAGGGGGACUCCGACUUCCCUCCCGACUCCGACUCCGACCAGCCCUGGCAUGUCCUCAAGCUGCAGCGCACCAGGUGGUACGAUCUGCUCGACGGGCCAGACCGCGUCGAGGCGCUGAAGGGCGUCUGGGCGCUGUUCCACUACCAGCUGCGGACGACGUGA